AACAUGCGUUUCUACAUCUUGAUUGUCCUCUUUGCAUUGGUUGCUGUGGCAGCUGCUCAGGGCAGACGUCCACAGAGGGGAGGACGACCGAAUGGUCAGCAGCCAGGACCACCAGGCAGGCCGCAAUGGGGUCUGCCACCAAAUGGCACUCUGCCCGACAAUGGCAACAGCACAAGCACAACCACAACCACAACGACUACGACCACCACUGAGGCCAGCAGCACUACCGAGGCUUCCUCCUCCUAGGAUGUUACCCAAAGUCAAUCUAAAAUCCAUUUUUGGCUGGCUCAAGCCCCCUCGAACAUGAUAUUAAUAAAAGUUUUCCCGCAAGAACUAAA